UAAAAACAAAAGAAGAAAGAAUUUUCCGUGACAUCUAAAACUGUGCUAGUACUAUAAGUUUUUUUGUUAAUAUUUUGUAGUAUUUUUUUCAUUCCAUCAUGAGUUCGGGCUUUAUAACCGCAACAGAACUUGCUGACAUUCGUAAAAAACGUCAAGAAGAAUGGGAAAAAGUUAGAAAACCCACUGAUCCUUUAGAACGACCGGAAGUUCCUCAAGAUAACAGAAGCUUGUUCGAAAGGCUACAGGAACAAAAACAAAAACGAGAUUUGGAAUAUGAAGAAGCACAUAAAUUAAAGAAUAUGAUCAAAGGUCUUGAUGAUGAUGAAAUAGAAUUUCUAGAUUUAGUAGACAGAACUAAAAUUGCGGCAGAUCGAAAAAAAGAAUUGGAGGAAGAAAGGGAGCUUACAGAUUAUCGUAAUCGUGUUGCGAUUUUACAAGAAAAAUGCAUUGAAGAACGUCUUCAGUCAGAAAUAGCAAUAAAUAAGCCAAAAAUAGUACCAAACAACAAAUAUUCCCAACAAAAGUUAUUACAGGGAAUAGUAGUGAAGAAAACAUUGACCAUGAAGAGAAAAAUAAGUAAUGAAGAAAAUGAUACUAACUGCAGUAUGGAAAAGCAAAUUAAACAGCAGAAAUCAGAUGAAAAAACACAAAACUCAAGUAAAGAGACAGUAAAUACUUCGGCAUUAGAAUGCGUAGCAAUUUUGCCAGGAUUGGGAUGUUAUGGCGACUCUUCAUCAGAUGAAAAUAGUUCGGAUUCAGAGUCGUCUGAAGUAGAGACUACUCCUAAAAAAGAUCUCCUAGGACGUAAAUUGCAAGCAGCCCCCGAAAAAACAGAAAAGUGAUAUUUUAUGUUUAAAGCUUAUGCAUGUAUAUUGGUUUAGGUUAUUAUUUAGGUUAUAUUAAAAAAUCUAACUUCAUAUCAUUUUAUUUUGAUGCAUAUUUUAAAAC